UGAACAUGACAGACACCAAGGAAGCCAGGGCACCACAGCUUGGCCCCCUGGACGAGGAAGAACUGAUAGCCGUUGGCCCAAGAAGUUUCCUGAAAGGCUUUGGCUACCAACGAAGUUCUGGAUACAGCCACUGUGCAGGGUGCCUGGGAAAUGACUCCUCCCGCCUGGUCCUACAGCUGCUCGCCAUCAUGUUAUUCUCUGCACUCCUGGUGGCCAUCCUUGUCCAAGUCUCCAGAAGUCCUAGCUUUCAGGAACUGGAGCAGGAGCAGUCAAAUCAGGAGGAGAUCAACCAGAAACUUCACCAGCUGAAGGCUAGAGUAGACAACCUGUGCCGCCCCUGCCCCUGGGAGUGGACGUUCUUCCAAGGGAAGUGUUACUUCUUCUCCAAGUCCCAACGGAACUGGCACGACUCGGGCACUGCCUGCGAGGAGGAAGGGGCUCGGCUGGUCAUCGUGGAGAGUGCGGAUGAGCAGAGCUUCCUGCAGCUGACUUCUAAGAGUAAAGGCCACACCUGGAUGGGACUCUCAGACCUGAACAAGGAAUCCACUUGGCACUGGGUAGAUGGCUCACCUCUGUUGCUCAGCUUCAUGAAAUACUGGAACCCAAGCGAACCCAACAACUUGGGAGAAGAAGACUGUGCCGAGUUUGACGGUGAUGGUUGGAACGACGCCAGAUGCGACAUCAGCAAAUACUUCAUCUGCAAGCAAGCUGCAGCUUCCUGCUCGAACUGACAGCCAGUCCCUCUCAUGGGUCCUUCAGCUCAUGCCACCCCACAACAUCCAGAGAUUCACCCACACUUAUGCCAGCCCCUUCUUCUUGUCUGUUGGCACUGAGCACUUAACAGAGCUGGGUCUCUUCCACACUUCUCAUCUAUAGGGCUUGGCCCCUUCUGCCUCCCUCUUUCCUUCCCAGCUGUGGCUGUGGCCUGUCUUGGCAGGUGUGGGACACAUCCGGAGGCAAGCAUGUGCUGUCAUCUGCUUCCUCCCUUUUGCUGAUGCCAGAGGUUGUUUUUGCAUCACCAUAUGUAGCUCCUACCAUGUCCUCUGCAGCUUUAUCCCAUCCUUGUAUAGUUGCUUUCCAUCUGCUCAACUGCUACCCAUGUUUCCUGCGGCACUACCUGGGGACUUUCUCUGGUUGCUAUAUCUCUCCUUAUACACCCAUGACGUCAGGGAACAAAGCCUCUUGGAUCCUCUUGAAUCAGUGACUGUGUAGAGUUGCCAUGUAAAUAUCCUUGUUCCAAGCUUCCUUGUUGGGAGCUGCUGAACCUUAGAUGGUUCUCCCGUGUCUCCCACUCAGAAAGAACUAUCGCCCUCAUUCUGGAAGUUCUUGUGUUGGCAGCUGUCACCUUGCAGCCCCUUCCCCUGACUGAGACAGGGAGCUCCUUCCUGGCAUAGUCAGAUGUGCGCAGGUUGAUGAGAACCUCUUCCCUUAGGCUCAACAUGGGACAACUCUGAAGAGACCCUCAGGUUCCAGGGCUCCCUAACCUGCUGCCAGACCUGCUCUGCUCGAUCCAUUUCUCUGCCUGUU